AUGGCUCUUUGCAGGCCGCAAGUCCAUGCUGUAUUCUCAUCAGUAUCCUGGCAAAACUCAGGGGAUUGGGCAGCAAAAGCAGCCAGAGAUAAGGCGACGAGGAUGCCCCCUAACACCAUCGGCUGGGUGUGCGUCUUGGGCUGUGAACAGGACGCCGCCAGGGCUUUCCUCGACAAAGAACAUGAAGGUCUCCCUAACCCGCAUGAUCAGAACGCAUACAUUGUUGGCCGCAGGGGAAAGCACAACAUUGUCAUUGCUAGACUGAUUGGACUAAGAAAGGCCAACACCGCUGACACUGCGGCGAAUAUGCUUCGCACGUUUACACAGAUCCAUUUCGGACUGUUGGCAGGUGUCGGAGGGGCGCCACAGACGGCACCUGAUGAAUUCGGUAGGAGGAACGAUAUCCGGUUAGGGGAUGUUGUGGUCAGUAAGCCCCAAAAGGAUCACGUGGGGUUGACGUACUUUCGCUUACCAGGUGGCGAGCAUGACCUCCUGUUCUGUGCAACCCAUUGUGACCCAUCUCAAAUCAUGGAUCGGGUCCCGCGGCCGGGAGACCGUCCCUCCGUCCAUUAUAGGCUGAUUGCCUCCGCAGUUACGACUGUGAGAUGCCCUACCUUUGGAGAUAGGCUUCGCAGGUCGAACAAGGUACCGCGUUUUGAGCAGGAGGCGGCGGGCUUGUUGGAUCACUUCCCGCAUCUUGUCAUCUGGGGCAUUGCGGACUAUGCCGACUCCCACAAAAGCAAGAAGUGGCAGCCGUAUGCUGCAGUAAUUGCUGCAACCUAUGGUAAAGACCUAUUAGCGGUGAUUCAUCUCCAGGAAGUUGCUGAGCGUACCCUUGCGGCGGAAGUUUCAGGAGGAAUGUAUGAAUGCCCAUAGGAUCUAGAGGAAGGAGGUUAGGACAAGAACUUAGGAAGGCGGUGCUAACUAGAGCUUGACUGUAGUGAAC